ACGCCCUUGCACUGUGCUGCACGGGCGGCGAAAUCCGAAAUGGUGUCUUUUCUCAUUGAUUUGGCCAGAGGCAAGGAUCCAGUUACUAGCAGAGUGAAGGCACUGCUAGAAAUGGAAAACAAGAGUAAAUGGACAGUCUUGCACGAGGCAGUCCGCAGUGGGAAAAGUGAUAUAGUUGAAUUGCUCAUGAAGGAGGAUCCAGAAUUGGCAAGCCUUCCAAAAACUGGUACUUCUCCGUUGUACCUAGCCAUCUUACUGGAAAACGGAAUCAUCGCCAAAACACUCUACAAGUUGAGCCGCGGGAAAAGCGACAGUAAUGACGGGAAUCUUUCAUACGCUGGACCAAGUGGACAAAAUGCAUUGCAUGCUGCUGUUCUCAGAGGCAAAGGU